AUGUGCAUCAGCAGUUUGGAACGCUAGUAGUACAGGUGAUCGUUCGAACAAUGAAGAAGCUUAUUACUUUGUUGGCUUUCGCCUGCUGCUCUGCGCAAAUGGUAGAUGCAAGCGUCCGUUUCUCCAAUUUGACCUACGACCUUAACCCGGAAUAUGUGACAGGAAAAAUCAAUGUCAAAGUCGAUGGUGGUGUGUAUUCCAUUGGUAUGAAUUGUGAUCUGUUGAAGAAAAUCGAUGGAAAUUUCUGGGUGACACCAGUAUUCUCCAAGAAAUUGGGGAAGUCGUACACACCAAUCAUUGACCUGAAACUAGACACGUGUAAAACCGAUCCUGCUUUGGCUGAAAAUCCUCUUAUACGGUUUGUUUCAACGGAAGCGAAAAAGUUUGUCAGUUUUGGCCUGAUGUGCCCAUAUGAGCCUGGACACUACGUAGUAAAUGAUUUCACCUUUGAGAAAAGCAGCUCUUUGAUGAACUUUAUCCCGAAGGGGAACUACCACGUGAGCCUGACUUCACGCCAUCAAUCUCCCGGAAGCAGCGUACUACACAAGGUGAUGAGCUUGUCAUUUUUCGCAGAUGUCGAAUAAGAGUCCGUACCUGACCGAGCGAUGAAAUGUUAUUCAGGUUCCUGUAAUUGCAGUGGCAUCUAAUCAAUAUGUUCCUCCAUGAAAAUAUAUAAAAGCAAAAUCAGAAAAUAAAAUAUUUUAGAAAC